UCGCCCCCACUUCCGCUAGCUUGACUCUGGUAUACUUUUCGUUUCGCAGGGAGGAGUCAGACAUCAUUAGUUUCUUUAUUAAAGUGACACCUUUAUUGAAUUAUCGGUAAUUCCACGACAUGUAUUGCGCCGUGGAUCCAUAAUGUAGCCGAUGCACGUUGUCGACGCGAAGCUAUCGAUUAGAAAUCGGAUAAUUUUCGGUAAAAGAUCGUAAGGGAAACAGGAAGGCGGAACAAGAUCACUGAAUCCCAGUCGAAGUCCGAACGAAAAUACCCAAAGAGUGUCCAUAACAACAACAACAACAACAACAACAACAACUCUGCACUGGUUGUUUUCGACAACCUUUUGACUCGCUUCCAUUUAAAUAAUUCACCAGAAGCAUUCAAACAAAUCGCCCGGUCCCGCAGUGCAUGCGACCAUGUCCCUGGCCCUGAAACAAGUCUUCAACAAAGACAGGACAUUCCGGCCCAAGCGCAAGUUCGAGCCCGGGACGCAGCGCUUCGAGCUGCACAAGAAGGCCCAGGCGUCCCUGAACGCGGGGCUCGACCUGAAGCAGGCCGUGCAGCUGCCCCACGGCGAGGACCUCAACGACUGGGUGGCCGUCCACGUCGUCGACUUCUUCAACCGCAUCAACCUCAUCUACGGGACCAUCAGCGACUCCUGCACCGACCAGACCUGCCCCGUCAUGUCCGGAGGGCCCAAGUACGAAUACCGCUGGCAAGACGAGCACAAGUACAAGAGGCCGACCGCCCUGUCGGCGCCCAAGUACAUGAGCCUGCUCAUGGACUGGAUCGAGGUACAAAUCAACAAUGAGAACAUCUUCCCCACUAACGUCGGUACUCCCUUCCCUAAGACCUUCAUGCAGGUGGCUAAGAAGAUUUUGUCUCGCCUGUUCCGGGUGUUCGUCCACGUCUACAUCCACCACUUCGACCGCGUGAGCCAGAUGGGGGCCGAGGCUCACGUCAACACCUGCUACAAGCAUUUCUAUUACUUCGUCACCGAGUUCAACCUCACGGACCACAAAGAGCUGGAGCCUCUGAAAGAAAUGACGUCUCGGAUGUGCCACUGAGGGACCCCGCGGACAAUCUCAUCCGUCCAUCUCCAAGACUGCAACGAGCGUGAAAAAAAAAAGAAAAGAAAAGCAGAGCAAACAGAUUCAGAGUCUAUUUUUAUAUUUAAGUACUGUAAUCUAUUUUAGCCGCAUACUGUAGGUUUUUAAACCUGAGGUCACGUGAGGCGUUGUGUUCCUUUAAAAAAAAAAAAAAAAAGAUUCAGACAUUUUAUCAGAGCACAGUAUUAAGAGGAGUAAAGGUUUUGUUUUUGAUGUUUUUUUUCUUUUUUUUGCUAUUUUAUUUGAAUCUCUGAAGUCAUUCCAGGACCAGCUUUCUUUCUGUUUAAAAAAAAAUGAUCUAAAGUUAGUACGAUUUCCUACUGUACCUCUAUAAAAUUACCAUGUCGUUACAUUAAAGUGAUUCUCUACUCUUAA